UUACUGAAUAAUGUUGCGACUUGCUUUAGCGUUCUGCCUGCUCUCCGUGGCUUUGGGCAAUAUGAACUACUGUUCGCCCGCCGUCUGCCAAACGGGCACGCAUAUUGCCUGUGACCAUGAUGGGAGCUGGUCUGAGGACUGUCCCUGUGAGCAAUAAUCCGUCGCCCUUUAUGGUCAACAUGAACGCUGAUCUGAGAUCGCAAAUUAUUACCAAUGCACAAUACGAAACGCAAUCAGAUCGCUCUGGGUGAAAUGUCGCGCUAUCGUCCUGCCGAGCGCAUGGCCACCGUGCGCUGGAGCCCCGACCUGGCCACGCUGGCCGAGUACAAUGUGAAGCAGUGCAAGCUGGCCGAAGAUCCUUGCCACAGCACCAGCAAGUUCAAGUACAGCGGACAGAACUUGCGCCUGAUUCAGUACAGCGGUCUGCGCACCAGUCGCACCAACUCGGAGCUCAUCAGCACUGUCAUCAAUGGCUGGUGGAAUCAGCACCAGCACGCCAACCAGAUUGUCAUCAAUAGCUAUCCAGCCAGCUGGGGCGGCAACAAAAUGAGCGACUUCACCACCAUGGUCCAGGAGUACACCUGGGCCGUUGGCUGCGCCAUUGCCAGAUACCAGUCCCCCGAUGGCACCAACAACUUCCUCAUGAACUGCUACUAUGCGCACAUGAACAGGGUGAACAAGCCAGUCUACAAGCGCGGCACCACCGCCAGUGGCUGCAAAACGGGCAAGAAUGUCAACUAUCCGGGUCUCUGCAAGGUCGCCGAGGUCUACGAUCUAUCUGUCUAGAUCAAUCAGCCAUAUACUGUUGUAUAUAAUUUCGAAUAAAAAGCACAUACCUAAAUGAA